AUGGUAAUGGCUUGCGGUGCAUGGUAUGUGAUGCGCUUUAAUCUAUUUAUGCAAUUAUUAGCAGUAUGCCUGAUUACAUGCGGUACCACAACUGCCGAUACGACCGCCUUUUGCCAUGAACUGGAACCAUUUUUGGUGCAGACACUUCCUCAGGCAUCGGCUCAUUUGUUAGAAACAGCAAUCGCUAAGGAAGCCGCAGGAGAUAAUGUUAAUGUAACGUGUGCACUAACGCCGGGGAAAAGUGUUGUUGUACUUUUAGGUUCAUCCAAUGUACAUCGCUUCAGCCCACUUCGUAACCCACCACCUGUUAUCAAACUGGAUACUGCUGAUGGCGAGUUCACACAUGAAGUCCGUGGCACAUUCAUGUUUAGAUAUUUUCGCUCGUGGGUGAAUGGCUUCCGGGCAUAUUCAUGGACUGAUCCUGCUUCCGUUGAGCGGUUCUUCUUCAAGCGACACAUUUUCCUUCGGUUUCGAGUUAGUGAUUCGACAGGCAACCCAAAUGCGGAUAUUCACUUGAGUGCUAGUGAAGUGCUCACUAUGGCAGGACUUCACAGCAUUCGAGUCACCUCCUUCGCACCAGUUGCUGUGGAAAUUCGGUUACGGGGAGGGAAAGAGCCCAAGGAGUGCUCAGACGCAACCUGCAGUAAAUACGUUGACGCAUUUGCAGAGCAUAGUGAUAAAAGCGCGGGAUUAACUCGACUCGAAGUACUUCCGCAGCGCUUCACGUGUUCUCCCGGUUAUGGCGCCAAUGGGUGGGGGUCGGGAGUUUCAGGAGGCCCCAUGGAUGGUGAGGUUUAUGCUUUUGAAGAAAUUGGUCCAUACCGCGGUAGUAACUUGUGGAUACCUCAAUGGUUGUCUGCAUGGCUGGGGCGGCGGCCUAUGAUGACUGUUUCUGAGAAGGUUGUGCUUGAUGGUAUGGGACGCCGUAAAUUCCUUUUCCACGCUGAGAUCCCCGCGGUUAAACCCGUGUGCCUUCGUCUCUCUGCCGUUAAGAAUGACAAUUUGAUCGUGGAGUUGGAAGAGUCUACGGUGUUCGAUACGUUUUGGCUCAAAAUAAUGCUACUGUUUGUGUUGCUGGUAUUCAUUAAGCCGUGGGUGGAGGAAAUACCAGCACUCCAGAUAUUCAUCGCCGGUCUUGGUAGCGUGACACUGCUUUUUGUAGUCACAAUACUUUACGUGCUGAAAAGGUUGCAGGGAAUGACUAUUGGAAAGGUUGGUCUUGUUGCAAUGGCAACACUGGGGGGCACCGCUCUUCUCGCUGAGACAUUCUUGAGUGCUGUAGUUGCCCUUUACUAUGCCUUUGUUCAUUACGACAAUGAGGCAGAGAUGAUUUUUUAUGGGAGCGCCAUGCUCCUCGUCUUUGGUCUUACUUGCGGUUUGCUUUCGAGGCAUUACUGCGCCACUUAUCUUACGGAGCUUACACGGUGGACAUUGCGGCUACUGCAGCUCGCCGUCCUUGCAUGUGCAAUCAUGCAGAACCGCGAGGCAACGUUCGCAAGUUUCGUCGCCGCUCUUCUCUUUCACCCACCUCGCAUUUUACGGCUCAUUCAGUGGUUCUCCUCUUCCAGUUCAUUGGUGAAUAACGAAAAUGAACCUCAGGAAACAUUUCCCAGUGAGGCGUUGCGCGAGGUUACGUAUGUAACACCUCUCUGUAUGGAGGGACGUACUGGAAGGGUUUCCACUAUGGAUUCGAGGGAAAGAUUAGAUUUGUAUCGUAUCAGUGGAAAUGAGUACACACAUCGUGCUCUUGAGGACCUCGCCUGCCGUGUGAACAGCAAUCCUGACCGUUACGCUUCAAAAGUGAAUGAUGCUGGAGGCGUUUUGAAUUGGGCCAAAGGCUACCAGUACUCAUAG